UAUGUCAACAUUUCUCAAGCAGGCAACUCCAAUACUAGCACUUCAAUGGCUCCUAUGUUUCUGUUGGUAGGCAUGCCAGGCCUGUCAAGUGUACACUCUUGGUGGACAGUACCCUUCAUAACUGUCUACCUUCUUUCUGCUCUGGGUAAUAGUACCAUCCUGUGGAUCAUUGCUAUGGAGCCCACCCUACACCACCCAAUGUACUUCUUCCUCUUCCUGCUUAGUGUAUCUGAUAUUGGCUUGGCUACAACUUUAAUGCCUACCUUGCUGGGUCUUGCCCUUGCUGAUGUUCGUGCUAUACCUGCCUCAGCCUGCCUCCUACAGAUGUUCUUAGUUCACGUAUUUUCUGUUAUGGAGUCUUCUGUCUUGCUCGCCAUGGCCUUAGAUAGGGCACUUGCUAUCUGUCGUCCUCUCCACUACCCAAGAAUUCUCACCAAUGAUGUUGUUGGAAAAAUUGGUCUGGCAAUUGUUUUCCGAUGUUUAGGUCUCCAUCUGCCCCUUCCAUUCCUCUUGGCCCACAUGUCUUACUGCCACCCUCAGAUUCUGACCCAUUCAUAUUGCUUACACCCUGAUAUGUCUCGUCUGGCCUGCCCAGGAUCCAAGGGUGCAGUCUAUAGUCUCUUUGUAGUCUUGUCAGCCAUGGGAUUAGACCCUAUCCUUAUUUUCUUUUCCUAUGGAUUAAUUGGCAGAGUGUUACAAGGUUUGGGGUCAAGUGAGGAUCGCUGGAAGGCUGGCCAAACCUGUGCAACUCACCUCUGUGCUGUGCUGCUCUUCUAUAUUCCGAUGAUACUCUUGGCUCUCAUUGACCGUCUAAAGUUGCCAAUCCCUCAAUCUGCCCAUACUCUUCUCUCCUAUGUACACUUCCUGCUUCCUCCAUUGAUAAACCCUAUUCUCUAUAGUGUAAAGAUGAAAGAGAUUAGAAAUAAAAUACUAAAGAGGUUCCAUCCCAGGAAAGUGGAUUGUGCACAAUGA